AUGGGCUGUCCUCCCAUUUGUAAUUUCAACGGCCCCGUCGUUGCUCACGCGUAUCACAACUCCUAUUCCCGGUAUCUGCAUUUGAGGGGCAUCAAUUUCGACCCGUACCUGGACGAUUGCCUUAUGCACCUGUUAGACCAUCUGCUUCUAAUACAACAACGGAAUUUCACCCUUCGUCUGUUGCGCCAACUAGGUUGGCUGGUCAACUUGGACAAAUCGGAGCUUGUCCCGUCUCACACACUGACAUUCAUCGGAGGCCAUUUCCAGACGGACAAGAACCUAGUUCAGAUUCCUCUGGACAGGUGGGACAAGAUUCAGUCUCUGAUUCCACGUGAGCUCUCCGAACCUCUGUCUCUCCGAGAGUGGCAGGCACUCAUGGGAUUUUUGACGUCGGCGCAGGAUCUUACCAGCAGAGGGCGUCUUCAACUUCGUCCUCUGCAGCGUUUUCUUCAACCAUACAUUCGUCGGGCAGACGUUCAUCAAGGGUUUUGUCUUCCACCUCAGUUACAUCGCUAUCUUCUGUGGUGGACUCGCCCAUUGAACGUCUUAGGAGGAUUCUCUUUGACAGAGCGGCCUCCGGAUUACCAACUGUUCGUGGACGCCUCUAUGCAGAGUUGGGGUGCUCACUUACACGAUCAGACAGCCACCGGCCUUUGGUCGGGUCAACACCAAAGCUGGCAUAUAAACAGUCUGGAGUUGGAGGCCGUGAUCCUCGCUAUCCAUCACUGGGCGCAUCGACUACGAGGAACUUGUCUUCUAGUGGCCACAGACAAAACAUCGGUGGUAUGGUACAUCCGGAAGGAAGGGUCGACACGCUCACAGUUUCUUCUCGAUCAGACUUUUCGGCUCUUUCAACUGGUCGAUGAUCUCCACAUUCUGUUGAGAGUUCGGCAUAUUUCGGGGUGCCGCAAUAUACUAGCAGACGCUCUCUCGAGACCCGACAGGGUUGCUCCCACGAAAUGGAUGCUACACAAGGAGGCCUUCACUCUCCUAAGUCACGCACUGGGUUCUCCAACAUGGAUCUGUUUGCCACCAGCCAAAACCAUCAACUGCCAGUGUAUAUGUCUCCAGUCCCAGAUCCAGCGGCUUCGGCGGUGGAUGCUCUCAGCCUAUCAUGGGAGGGACUGCACGCGGAUGCGUUUCAGCCACCAGUUCUACUACACAAAGUUCUCGCAAAAGUCAAGGUGA